UUUUUUUUUAUUGCUUCUCCGUUGGAAACUUUUUCACUCCGUCUCUACUUCCCCCAUCCCUUUCGUUUAUCAUUUUUCUCAUCAAGCCUUUUAUCUCUUGAGUUAGUUGUUCUGUGCUGCACUCCACACAAUUUUCUCGUUCAUGUCAUAGAUGACAUCCACUAAUAACGCUUUCUACCGCUCCUCUGCAGCGUCCUCCAGAUCUACCUCACCUUCUCCUCCUCCUCUCUUUCCCGGCAUGGUCCAUCCUCAGGACCCGCCGCCCUAUACCAGAAGGAGCAACCAUCCUACCAAUGUUAAUGGCAACGGCAACGUGCGAGAGUAUACUCUUACCCCUAAUGGUCACUCUCUCAGUAGCAGUAACUUUUAUUCUUCGUCCAACACCUCAGCCUCAGUCCGAUCCUCAACUCUUGCUGCAGUCGCUGCCUCUGCAGCAGCUCUUGUCAAGGGUGUACGAGGUAAAAGUAACGGCUCCGUUCAUGGCAGUAGUGAAACACAAUCAUCCACACCCUUCACCCCCCGCCAUAAUCACUCACUCAGUAAUAGUAGUACUGCAAGUGAUCUACCCUCAGCACUUGUCGAUAAACAGUUUGUCUAUUAUCCCUCCACGUCAGCCUCAUCCAGACUUCGCUCAUUACGGAAACGGCUGUUCACCAAGAGGGCUCUGGGCUAUUACCUCAUCCUUGCCUUGAUUGCAUUCCUUUUGCUCUUUUAUCUUCAACCAUCUAUUCCACUCUGGAAGAACCGUCGAUCGGUCGACUCUCAACACCAUUCUAGCAACCGUGAAAGGCACAGAUACGAUUAUGACUAUGAUUACGACUACCCUCUCGAUAAAAGCAGGCAAAGAGCAAAGGAGUUGGAGCAUCAAAGGGUAUCUGAUCAAGAGAAUAAACCUUGGAAACAGGAGCAAGGCGGGCACAAUGAUUCAGAAAGACACUCCGGUGAACAGACGCCAGACCAACCAGACAAAGCAGAUUUGGAUCAGUCUUAUAGUCAUGGAUCAAACUCCGACCUCGGUAGAAAGGGUAUUCCGCCAAGGGCAGGAGACACCAUUGAUCCGGAGUCCAUUGUCCUCUACCGUAUCCUCGGCAAUGAUUUGCCUCCUCGUCAUCGUCCUGGCCAGACACUAUCAAACGUGCGUUUCAUUCUGGAGCACGAGCCUGAGUUUGAAAAGACAAGGAAGCUCUGGGUGUUGAAUAGAAUUGUGGAUCAGCACGCAGAAGAGGCGAUUAUUCAGCUACUGGACCAUCACCGUCAAGAAUACAUUCGAGUUCCCUUUGAAGAAAAUGAAUACCUAAAGCAGGAUUUCAGGCUUGAGGACUUUCCAGAACCAGACUUUUUUUCCUCAGAUGACUAUUCGACUUUCUCCAAGGUAGCCAAGCUUCGAGUGCUGGACUAUACUUAUCAUGACAAGAACAAAUAUGCCAUGAAUAAUAACGGUGGUCGAAAUAUCGCAAUCCAACAUGGCAAGACCAAGGUCGAAGCUCGAUGGAUUUUUGCCUUUGAUGGAAACUCGUUCCUGACAAAGAACGCCAUGAAUGAAAUUAAACUGUCCAUUCGAGACUAUGGUGAUACCGUAAAGUAUUUUGUUGUACCAAUGGCACGACUAGUUGACAACUCACAGCUCUUGAAAGGUGUCGACACCCGUCCAAAUUCCAAAGAGGAACCGCAAAUCAUCUUCAGAAAUGAUGCCACAGAUAUGUAUAACACAGACAUGCGAUAUGGUCGUCGAUCCAAGCUUGAGCUUCUUUGGAGGUUGGGUGCACUGGAGCGCGGCAAAAUUAGCAAACCAUCAGUAUCAUGGGAGCCCAAGGAGCGUGAACCUAUUCCCAACAAAGCCGAUUUCAAGACUGUGGGCUGGGUCUUCCGUCUCUUUUCAGGAAAACGAUCACAGGAAGAGAAUACACGACAGUCUGCAGCCAUUCGUGCUUACAAUCGAUUGCUUGCUAUUCAGGAUUUGAUCGAUGGUAUUGAUGAGAGGAUCGCUCGUAAGACCUUCCGGCCAUCAGAUCUUCUCGUCUACAAGGACAGUGUGCUCCGGGCAAAUCGUCAAAAGUAUUGGAUUGGGGAAUCUGGCGUCACUAUUAUGGUGCAGGAACUUCAGACCAAAGCAUGUGAGGUGCUCUCUAAGCGUUUGAACCUCUUGAAAAAGGCGUCUGCUGAGGACUUGAUCCUUUAUCCCGGCGAUAGUCAGGGCAAACCAAUUAUUCCCCCAUCAUCAUCCGUCAACAUUGCUAACGAGGAUGGCUCUUCUAAAAUUAUUACACUGCAAGGUCUCUAUGAUGAGGUCACAACCCUAACAUUGGCCCACUAUUUUACCGGUAACGAAACAUUUGCUCGCGCUGCGGCCAAUAUUGUCCGCACAACUCUUCUUCAGGAGCGUGAUCAAUACGUUGCAGUACAUCCAACAGUCGAGGAAACUGGAUACCUGCUGGAUCAUGGUUAUUCUUUCCCGGCUCUGAACCGUCUUCCAAGAAUUAUCCCAAAGAAGGAGGGCGCCAUUGGGUCACGACCACUGCUGACGAUUCCCAAAGAUCUGCUGAAGGCGGACACGAUGCCGGCUUUCCUGGAUGCAGUCCGUAUGCUUCAUCGAGUCCAUGUGCUCACACAGAACGAGUACAUCCAACUCAACCUUGUUUUUUCUACCUGGCUCGAGCAUUUGGUCAACUCGCCUGAGGGGAUCAUGUAUGCGAGACAAGGUGAUCACCGAUCAUCAUUUAUGGAUCUGCAUGUUGCAGCGCUAUCAGCCAUCACAGAUGAUGUUCGUCUCUUCCUCCGAGUCGUGAAUCGAUGCCGUAUGAGAGUUGGACGUCAGUUCAUGGUCGUCCAGGAUGGAAAGAUCAAGAUGCCAUUCGAAAAUGCCUACGCGACUAGACAGUCAAUGGAAGGACUAUUGCAGCCUGGUGGUGCAGCUGCUGAUGUCUCUGGUCAGGAACUAGCGGGUAUGUAUCUGGACGAGGAAAAUGAUGAGCUCGAUUUAAGUCUUGAUCAGUCCAUAAGCCGGCCACGAGAUCUGGGCUUUAUGAUGAAGGACUCUGUCAUGGCGAAUAAGGCUCCAAACUCCGAUGCUGAAAAGAAAGUCGAGUCCUCUGAGAACGACGAUGAUGACGAUUAUCAGAAGAAGCGUCGUCCAGAUCAAGAUUUAACGGACCAGGAUGUCACUGAUGACGAGGAUGAUGGUUUCCCUGCCAAACCUCAAGAGAAGCAGCAGCAGCAACCCCUUGUAGCUUCGUCGACGCCACCACUUGUACCCGAGGGAUCAGGGGAACCCAUAUAUACAGUAGCAGAGUUAACAGAGCGUUAUUCAACGUUGAACUUACAGUACUGGACACUUUUGACGCGUAUGGUCGACAAUUCAGGAAUGAGUUCUGCCCCAGACCUUUGGCGCCAUCGCUCGAAGCGUGGUUACAGAUUAGGAGAUAUUGUCCGCAACUAUGUUCGCCAGGAUCAUUACCGUUCACCAGCUUUGCGAAAGGUGACUAUGGAUGCACUUCUUUAUACAGCACGCAGAAACUAUGAUCACGUCCCAUCUAGAGCAUUGUUGACCAUGGGAGGAUCGUCAUCAGGAUCAUCAUCAACAUUAGCAGCCAAUGAUCGCCAAAAGGUUGAGAAAUAUGCAAAACCUUUUAAUCCAGCCAAUGUCGAUGUUCUAGAGUGGGGCGAUCUCGGAUUGGAAGCCAAUACUUUUGAGGCUUUAGCUACUGAUGAAAAUGAUUUCAAAGACUCGCUUGGUGGCUCAUUACCUGGCACAGGAGUUCCACCUUUCUGGAUGUUGGGUGUGGUAGAAUAAGAAAGCUCAUGAUUACACACCCUUUUUAUCUCUAUUAUUAUACACACACACACACACAUAUAUAUAUAUAUAUAUUUCUCUUUCUCUUCUUUACUCCUCUCUCACUAUAUACCUGUACAUAUACCAUCUCAUUUUUCUUUUUCCUUCUUUCGCAUGUCAUAACUGCAAUUAAUCAUCUUGUUAUAGUUGUUCUUCCUUUCGUUUACUAUCAUGCACCUCUUGUUUUACUCUGUACUCAUACAAAAACCAUUCAAUAAACGAGCGCACUUUAGAAC